ACCACCUAAGAAAAAGUAGUAUUGGAUCCUCGAAAGCAAGCAAGUUGAAAAUGGUAGGUACUCUUUGAUUGGGUUAGUCUACAAUGUUCUGCGCAGCACAAAUUUUAUUACAUUUAGCAUAAAACUCUUUCUUCGCCUGCUCGUUAUCAGCGGUUGAGUCGGGUUUUCAGAAUUGCUGGUCCGUUCCUUCCUUGCAACCUCGUACUCUGCUUCAAAUCGCGCCCCAUUGCCAAACUAUCGGCGCUGUUUCAUGGUUAGCGGGUGGAGGACAUAGUAGGAUGCGAGUAGGUUGCAUGGUGGUAAGUCGCACUAGUACUGAAGGUACUACUAGUGGACUGACCCUAACCCGAUGCCACGGCAAGUCCCGCCCCCCUAACAAAAUUCUGUCUUUUUGCUGUUGACUGUCAUGGCUGCCCGCUCAUUACCCGUCUGUCGCCUGAACCACGUCCUGCUACAGCGCACCCGCCAUCUCUCCACCACAAAAGCACUUUUAUCUGCACCACCACCAUCAAAAGUACUACCGCCUCCACCACCGCAACGAUGGCUCACAAAAAAGGUCAAAGAGUCCCCGACCGCCCUUAAGAUAUUCAUCAAAGUCGCGCAUGCUCUCGGCUAUGGUAGUCCCCGCCAGCUCUCAGCACGUCGCGCCCUUCAUCUCUAUAAAGAGCUCUGCGCCGUCCGCGCAGAUGACGAACGUGACUUUUGGCUUAACCGCAAGUGCUUUCCUAUUCUCAUUACGCUAACCUCUGAUCUCUUCUCGUUUAGAAUGCCACCUUCCACCAACGUUCCAGUCCUGGUUCACCAUCACUAAUCUCCACGUCUGGCUCCUCACCGUUCGCCUCCGCGCUCUCCCUUCUCCUCACGGUACAGACCACGUACAAGCCCUCAUCGACCAUUUCUUCCUCGACGUCGAAGACCGCAUUCGCGCAGUCCUCCAACCAGGUCUCCUCCCCUUCUCACCACUUUCCUCUCCAUCUCCCCUCCCCUCCCCUACUUCUUCCCCCAGUACGCCCACAUCCUCCUCUCUAACCGCCUUCUACCCUACCCCGCCUCCAGCCACCACACCCUCCGCCGUCAAACGCGAGCGCCUCGCCCGCGCCCCCGAACGCGUCGUAAACCAGCAGAUGAAGAUCUUCCGCGAACAGUGGGCGGGUAUGAGCCUGUCGUUUGAUCUGGGGCUUGUUAAGGGAGACACGGAGAUGGCAGCUGCAGUUUGGAGGAAUUUGUUGGGCGCGAGGGGUGCGAGGGGGAUUCUGUUUGACGAGCCCUCUUCCCCAUCAUCAUCUUCUCCCGCUUCCGCUUCCACCUCCUACUACCGCCGCUCCAUCAACCUGGUCGGCGGCUCCUCCUCCCCGAUCCGCGCCACGGACUCACAAGGCCUCCUCCUCUCCGAAGCCCAAGACGACAACUCGGGCGUGCACGACUUUUCCCCCGGUGCCGACUCGGACAAGUACGUUACUUAUCCGGAGGUAAUGGAGAGGGUAAUUGGGUAUGUGAGGAGGGAGGUGGUGAGGAUGGAGAGUGUUGAGGAUGUAGAUGUUAUGGGUGUGAGGAGGACGGGGAGAGAAGGAGAGGGGGUGGAUGCUUUGAAGUUUGGGAAGAUUUAGGUGUCGGAGUGGAGGUAGUGGCAAGGCAGGCACCGUGACCGACGACUGAUCAAACUAAUAAUGACUGAUGAGCUUAGCCUAUUAUACCUAUUGGCCUAGACAUGACUCAUUGACUUGCACGUUUUUAGACUAAAUAAAGAUAUUAAGAGUCAUAAACCAUAAAUGUCGAGUGUUUCUUUUGCUGUAGGCGGCGUAGAAACAUUAAUGAUGCACAUUCCCCC